AUGGCAUCUUCAAGUUCUGUGACAGCUCUGCUAGCUUUGCUGGCCGCCUUGGCCGAAGCUACUCUGUACAAGACCACAGCGCCGCCAAUGGGCUGGAACAGCUACAAUUUCUACGGCUGUAAUCCCGCCGAGGACAUCAUCAAGGAGAACGCCCAGGGACUUGUGGACCUAGGUCUAGCAGACCUCGGCUACGUAUACCUAACCACCGAUUGUGGAUGGAUGACAUCCGACAGAGAUUCGGAGGGACGAUUGCAAUGGAACACCACUCUGUUCCCUUCCGGGGGCGGCAAGGCGCUGGGGGACUAUCUACACGGACUAGGACUGAAAUUUGGUCUCUAUUCUGGGGCUGGAUACUACCAGUGUGGCUCAACGGACCUGCCUGCUUCUCUGGGCUACGAAGAGAUCGACGCCGAGACGUUCGCAGACUGGGGAGGAGACUCUCUUAAAUAUGACAACUGCUACGCAGUAACUCCGGACACCAUGGUAGACUACGUUUCUGCAGAAGCAACAUCACCCGAUCGUCACCAGAAGAUGGCCACUUCUCUGGACUCGGUUGACCGAGAUGUUGCCUACUUCAUCUGCCAAUGGGGCAUUGGCGAGGAUCUCGAAGAGUGGGCUCCACCGAUUGCUGAUACCUUCAGAAUCAGCAACGACAUUUACACCUCAUGGAGGAACAUGUGGCGGAUAACCAACCAAGUUGUUCCGUUCUACAGAUCCACCACCGUCGGAGCGUACCCAGACAUGGACAUGCUGAUCGUUGGUCUCGGUGCUCUGUCCCUUCAAGAAGAGAAGUUCCAUUUCAGUAUGUGGGCUAUCAACAAGUCUCCCCUCGGAAUAGGGGCACCGGCGAACGAGGAGCUCACGCCCACCGAGUCUUUCGAUAUCCUCCGCAACACAGAAAUCAUAGCCAUCAACCAGGACUCUCUUGGCAAACAAGCACGGCUAAUUCGGCGAUACACCGAAGAGGAGUGGGACAUCUGGGCUGGGGAGCUCUCGGGCUCGCGCAUGGUCCUGGGUAUCGCGAACUGGAAGAACAACACACAGACCGUGGCUGUCGACCUGGCCGCGGUCAACGUCUCAGAAGCAUCCGCCCGUGACGCCUGGGAAGCCGCAGACCUCGGGGUCAUCUCUGGAGUGCAGACCUACGAGCUUGCGGGCCACGAGAUGAGGAUCUUAGUCCUGUCCGACAUCGUGACUGCCUCCUCGUCGCAGGUCUCGGCGGGUUAUUACUCGGCGGCCAAUGCCACGCUCGCGGGCAACACGACAGACACAGCCUGUGGAAGCGGCGAGUGCAUCCCCGCCGGGAGCAAAGUCAGCAUCACAGGCGGCAACUCCAGCGUGACUUUCGCCUCAGUGACCGCGAGCACAGACGGAUCGAAGCUGAUCGGCGUAGACUAUGUCAACUACGAGCUUGCGCUGGACACCUCCUGGGGCUGGGGCUCCAACACGCUAAACAUGACGGUCGCGGUCAACAGGGGCGCGCCGAAGCGAUGGGCCUUCCCGAUCUCGGGGGGCGACUGGUACGAGUCCGACAGGAUGUUCCUCGAGGUCGGCGGCUUCGUGGCUGGGGUCAAUCAGGUCGUGUUUGCGGCGAGUGGGGAUGCUUCUGCGCCUGACCUCGUGGGGUUUGAGGUCUUUGAAUGA